AUGCAGCUCAAUCGAGCCUUGAGCAACCCCUUCCCAAGCCUCGAGGUGACCAGGAAGGAGCUCAGGCAAAUGUACAGCGAUAUGGUCGUCAUCAGGCAAAUGGAAAUGGCCUCGGAUAGACUGUACAAGGAGAAGAAGAUUCGAGGUUUCUGCCACCUGUCCACUGGCCAGGAGGCGGUUGCUGUUGGUAUCGAGAACGCCAUCACCAAGGAGGACGACGUGAUCACCGCGUACCGUUGCCACGGCUUCGCUUAUAUGCGAGGUGCUGCCGUUAGCUCCGUCAUUGGCGAGCUUCUCGGCCGCCGCCAGGGUAUUGCCUACGGCAAGGGUGGUUCCAUGCAUAUGUUCACCAAGGGCUUCUACGGAGGAAACGGUAUUGUCGGUGCGCAGGUCCCUGUUGGCGCCGGCCUCGCCUUCGCCCACAAGUACAACGAUAACGGCAAGGCCUCCAUCAUUCUGUACGGUGACGGCGCCAGUAACCAGGGCCAGGUCUUUGAGGCUUUCAACAUGGCUAAGCUCUGGAAGCUCCCCGCCCUCUUCGGAUGCGAGAACAACAAGUACGGUAUGGGUACUUCGGCCGCUCGCUCCUCCGCGCUCACCGACUACUACAAGCGUGGUCAGUACAUUCCUGGUCUCAAGGUCAACGGCAUGGACGUCCUUGCCGUGAAGGCCGCGGUCCAGUACGGAAAGGAGUGGACUGCUGCCGGAAACGGUCCUCUCGUCCUCGAGUACGUCACCUACCGAUACGGUGGUCACAGUAUGUCGGACCCCGGUACCACUUACCGAACCCGUGAGGAGAUCCAGCGCAUGCGAUCCACCAACGAUCCCAUUGCCGGACUGAAGCACAAGCUCCUCGACUGGGAGGUACUCACUGAGGAGGAGCUCAAGACGAUCGACAAGGAGGCUAGGGCCCACGUCAAUGCUGAGGUUGCCAUUGCGGAGGCCAUGGCCGCUCCCGAGCCCACUGCCAAGAUCCUCUUCGAGGAUAUCUAUGCCCGUGGCACCGAGCCUCCCUUCAUCCGCGGCCGAACUGCAGAGGAGCUCCAUUACUUCGAGGGCAACUAA